GCUUUGCCGAUCCGCGCCUUCACAAUGAAUCAUGAUAUACUAUUUAAAAAUUGGUUGAUUAAAAAGUAAUCAGUUAGGAUAAAGAACUCAAUUGUAAAAUGUUUAUUAAAACAAAUGAAUGUUUGCUUCUAAUACUUUUGUUGCUAAGAGUAUGAUCCAAAAAAUGACUAUUCGGGAAGCAUCAGAUGAGUUUAUUUACUCAGUGGUUAUCAUAGUAGGUUUAAGGUAAGAACAAACUGUUUUUGAACACACAAAUGGGGUUUGAAUUUUCGUAUGGCUAAGGCUUCAAUAAACCAUAGUGCAUUCCGUUUUACAUUUUUGUACAACACCACAAAAGUUGAGUUUAGAUCAAUCUUAUGACCUGUUUCAAUUAUGUGUUUGGCAAAAGAGAAUUAUGGAUGUUUAUCCUCUAUUCUUAUUGGGUCACCUGGUUGUAUUUGUUUCUGCAGUCAUUUGUGUUUACCAAUAUAAAUGUGUGUGUGAUCACACAUACAUAAGGAGGAGCAGUCGUGAUCUCAACAUUAGGAAAUGAAAACGAAACGUUCCACUAGUAAAAUACGUAAUUCUGAACCAAUAGACGAUAUACUACGUCAUGUAGGAACUAAACAAUAUUUAUUUUUGGAAACACAUAUUUGUACAAUUUAUCGAGUAACAUGUGCACCUGGAGAAACAUUUAGUGAAUCAAAAGCAUUAUCAUUAAUAGAAAAAUAUCAUCGUAAAAGACAAGCACAUUGUAAUGCUGGUUUAUUGGAAGAUCGAUUUAGUUUGGAACGUACAAAAACUACUGGAAAAAUACCAUUUCGUCCAUGGGUAUCAUAUAAAGAAAUUAUGCAUUUUUAUGUAAGUCAUUCUAAACCGGAAUUCUUUGCAUUAUGUAUUGAUUCACAACGAAGUUUACAAAAAUAUUAUGAAAUAUACAAAUGUAAGAGUGCAGCAAAUGUUAGAAAAGUUGAAGAAUUAAUGAGACGUGCAAUGAAUGAUCCAGACAAAAAACUACAUGAUGUUAAUGCACUAAGACAAGUAGCGGUGAAAGAUAGUGACCGAAUACGUUCCCUGCCAAAUUUCGAAGAAGAAAAUAUACGUGAUACUAUGAUUGAAGAUAGAUCUCCCUCACCACCAUAUCAGUAUCCAUCACCACCACCAGUACGUCAGUUACCUUCUCCUGUGAUGGUAGCCCCUGUAAGACAAGUCCCUGUGUACAAUGCAGCAUCACCUAGCCCAGUAAUUAAUUUUGAACGUUAUAAUGUUGAUGAUCUAGAAAAUGUCACGUAUAUCAAACUGGAUCCUAACAGAGGUCCAAUGAUAGAUAAAGAAGGACCAAUUUAUAUGUUUUUUUCAAGGCAGAAAAACAAUCAAAGUGAACCAAAUCUUUACAAUAAUUAUGUUAAUCAUGAUUCACCAACUUGGAACAGAAGAACUAAAAACUCUAAUGUAAUGUAUUCACCAUGAUAAAACAAAGUCAUACUCUAAUGAAUAGUAUCCUAGAUUUUAAUUUCCAUCAUAAAGAUUCACUAGCUUCUAUACAUGCACAACUAAGAGAAUAACAUAAAAUGAUGAAACUAACUGAAGAAGUCCACUUCUUUGAUUACAGUAUACAAUAAAUUUUCAGCUUUACCUACUUGUGUCAUACUAUUGUAGCUUUAUG